CGCGAGCUUGUUCCGGUAUCAGGGCAGGAUCGUGCGCAUAGACUGCAAUCGGGCGCAGCUCCUCGCCUCUCUCCCCCUGUCGCCCGUGACACGCACCUCCUAACAAGAAAACCCCAGUUUAGAGAUAAUGGAUUUUACAAUUUGAUGAUUCCUCUUUAAAUCGGCCGGUCUAUGGAAUAACAGCAGUUGGUGUACCGACAGGACGAGCUGGUAUAUCGCCACACUGCAGUGCAGCACUGUUGGACGACCUUAUUCCAAUCACGCAACACAAGGAAGAGCGCCGGUGAUUUCCGUGGAUUUUGAGUUUUGUGGGCUACUCUGUGGCAGUCACCGCCGCCGCGGCCGCAGGAGGACCAGCUAACUAGCUAACUUUGCUUCGAAAGAAACACUGAUACAGCUCCAUGGGCUAAUAUUGGCCAGCCAGUUAGCUAGUGCAACAGAUUAAUUCGUGUUUCUCACCUGCCAUGUGACCAGUUUCCAUGGUGCUGCUUUUAUUUUUUGGAUACCCCAUAACCUGGAUAAUUCGCAGGAACAUUUUGAAUAGUUUUGUGUGAGUUGGGAAGGUCGAGACCUCGCCUGGAAUAACUUUGGCCUGAAAGUUUUCAGACCCGGACCUGGUUUCAAACCUGAAAGGAAACAUCUCUGCCAUAAAAAGAGAAAAACAGACGUCGACACUGCGUUAUGAAAACGACGCUAGAUAAACAUUUGUUGUAGAUUUCGGCGACAGUUGACGCUCCCUCAGACGUUAGUUAGCAACCUUACAGGUUAGCAUGCUAGCCACUUAAUUGAACCUUGUCUCGUUCAAUACAACCAACUUUUCUUCGAGCUAGCCCAAGUAGCUAGCUGGCCAAAACGUCAGAGCAUCAGGUUGGUAGCUCACUGGUCAUCAUCGACACUGAUUAAUGCUAAUUGGGAACUGACUGUUUUGACACCAAGACCGAAGCUAAAGAAGACAUUUCGCUUUUUCCUGUUUUGUGCUUGUUGACAAACAUGGGACGUGCGGUUGCUGCUAGCUAGUUUUUAGCUAGCUGGCUAACUUGGCUAGCCGCUGAUGUGGGAUUCAACUUGUUGAUUCACGGGCUAUCUGUCGUGCUGCUAGCUGGCUAGCACUGGACAUCUGUUGGAAAUUUUCCUCUACCAUCAACUAGACAGAUUUUAAAUGCACAAUAGACACUGAAGAUCCGUUUUUGUUUCACUGUUCCUUUCCCCCUUUUUGGCAACUUCAAGUCUUUAAAAAAUGUCAACAAGGACACCACUGGUGCAAGUCAUUGAAAAUACGACUGGGCAGGAGACCAAGUCAUCUGGUCGCUCCAGCAUGCCGCGAUGUCGGAACUCCGUUGCCACGACCACAUCAGAUGAGCAGCCGCACAUUGGUAACUAUCGGUUGCUAAAAACCAUCGGCAAAGGCAACUUCGCCAAGGUCAAACUGGCACGACACGUCCUCACCGGAAAAGAGGUGGCUGUAAAGAUCAUUGAUAAGACGCAGCUUAACUCCUCUAGUUUGCAGAAGCUCUUCCGGGAGGUGAGGAUUAUGAAGAUGUUGAAUCACCCCAACAUAGUCAAGCUCUUUGAGGUGAUAGAGACAGAGAAGACUUUGUACCUGGUAAUGGAGUACGCUAGUGGAGGAGAAGUCUUUGAUUACUUGGUUGCUCAUGGCAGGAUGAAGGAGAAAGAAGCCCGUGCCAAAUUCAGACAGAUUGUGUCAGCGGUGCAGUAUUGCCAUCAGAAGUGUAUAGUACACAGAGACCUCAAGGCAGAGAACCUGCUGCUGGACGCAGACAUGAACAUCAAGAUAGCAGACUUUGGCUUCAGUAACGAGUUCACUCUGGGGAACAAGCUGGACACGUUCUGCGGCUCCCCGCCCUACGCUGCCCCGGAGCUCUUCCAGGGGAAGAAGUAUGACGGGCCUGAGGUGGACGUCUGGAGCCUGGGGGUGAUUCUCUACACGCUGGUUAGCGGCUCGCUGCCCUUCGAUGGACAGAACCUCAAGGAACUGAGAGAGCGUGUGCUGCGCGGUAAAUACAGGAUUCCUUUCUACAUGUCCACCGACUGUGAGAACUUGCUCAAAAAGUUCCUCAUUCUGAACCCCUCCAAAAGAGGCAGCCUCGAGCAGAUAAUGAGGGACCGGUGGAUGAAUGUGGGCCACGAGGAAGAAGAACUCAAACCCUACAUCGAACCCAUGCCAGAUUAUAAGGACCCCAGGAGGACAGACAUCAUGCUGACGAUGGGAUUCUCUCAGGAGGAGAUCCAGGACUCGCUGGUGAACCAGAAGUACAAUGAUGUGAUGGCUGCAUACCUGCUACUGGACUAUAGGAACCAUGAGCUGGAUGAAAGUGGCAUCAAACCCCGGCCAGGAAGUGAUGUAAGCAACAUAAACGCCCCCUCCCCGCCUCACAAGGUACAGCGCAGUGUGUCGUCCAACCAGAAGCCUCAGAACCGCAGAGCCAACGACCAGGGCUCCUCCUACUCUAAGAGGGGGGGUCAAUCAGAUAACCGGACUACAGGAGAGGAGGCCGGGAGGAAAGGUUCCUCAGGCAGCUCCACUAACAAGGUUCCUACCAGUCCUCUGGUCCCCUCCGACCGCAAGAAGAGCGCCACGCCCUCCACCAAUAGCAUCCUGUCCACCGGUACUGGUCGCAGUCGGAACUCUCCUCUGACUGAGAGAGCCACGCUGGGCCAGGGCAUCCAGAACGGCAAGGACAGCCUAAACACUCCGGGCUCCCGUGCUUCUACUGCCUCGGCCGCUGCCGUCCUCUCCUCCUCCUCGCGUCCCCGUCACCACAAGUCCCUGUCCUCCUCCAAUCAUCCAUGCCCCUCUGACCUGCACGCACCACGGCCCAGUGCCCCAACUCAGCGAGCGCCAGGUGCCUCCCCGUCUGCCCACAACAUCAGCAGCGCUGCCGUGUCAGACCGUACCAACUUCUCCCGAGGGGUGGGCAUCCGCAGCACAUUCCACGCAGGCCAGCAGCGGGGGGCCCGGGACCAGCAGGGCUCCGCGUACCCCGGCGGCCCGGCGUCCCCGUCACUGUCACAUGGCAACAGCCAGGCCCGGAGGACACACGCCGCCACAGGGAUUUUCAGCAAGUUCACCUCCAAGUUUGUACGCAGAAAUCUCUCGUUCAGGUUUCCGAGAAGUCCGUAUGAGGGAGAGGGUCGGGAUGAGGGGAGCAGGUCUAUGCUGAGCAGUACAGUGGACAAGUCAGAGAAGACGUCCGGCGGUGUUCUCUCCUCUUCCAACAAUGAUGAGAACAACUCCUCUCCAGGAUCUGGUAACACUGGUGGCACCGGCACCCCUCCGGCCAUCGGCAUCCAGAAGGAAUCGGCCAAGCCGCGCUCGCUUCGCUUCACGUGGUCCAUGAAGACCACGUCGUCCAUGGAGCCCGCGGAGAUGAUGCGCGAGAUCCGCAAGGUGCUCGACUCCAACAGCUGCGAGUAUGAGCUGCGCGAGCGCUACAUGCUGCUGUGCGUGUCGGGCAACCCGGCGCGCGACGACUUCGUCCAGUGGGAGAUGGAGGUGUGCAAGCUGCCGCGGCUCUCCCUGAACGGCGUGCGCUUCAAACGGAUCUCAGGCACGUCCAUCGCCUUCAAGAACAUUGCCUCAAAGAUUGCCAACGAGCUCAAACUGUGAGUGCGGAGGAGAGACGAGAUUAAAAGGUGGAGGUGGGAGGGUGAAGGGGGUGAUAGUGAGGAUGAAGAUGAUGCUGUACGCAGGGUGGGGGCACUGUGGAGGUCAGGAGGUAAGCUAAAGGGUGGGAUCACUUUACAAAUAACCCGAUUGUUAUGUGGACAAAGGUCUGAAGUAGGGCUAUUGGUUCUCUGAGACUAGAAAACGUUUAUUUUCUAGAAGUUUUGUUCCUUAAGUUCACGAGGCCCCCCGCCAUUAGAAACUCUGAGUUGAUUUCCUCUGAGUUGUGAAGUACUUAUAGACCGAGAUCUUCUCUCUUCCCUGCUGGGGUUUUAUUUUGUCACGUUCUACUUAGACGUUCCACUCUUCUGCAUGUCUGAUCUGCUCUCUGUUCUUUAGUAGUCACACUUUGAUCACUUUGACCACUCCUGUCACUUCUUCCUGCUAUUUAUUCAGUUUUUUCUGCACGGUUCUGCUGCCAGGUCUUUUUGUGUAGGAGGGAAACCGGGUAAAAUUGGGGGUUGGAUGGAGGAAUUGCUGAAAAAAAAAACGUUCUCUCUGAAUCUCUAACAGGUGAUGAUUGACAGAAAGUUCGGAGCCUUAUUUUGCUGGAAAACUCAAAAGAGUUUUAGAUUGAAUUUGUUCUGAUUCUCCUCCAAAACGUAAUGGACUCCAACUGAGCCGGGACUUUGGAAGCCCACUGUCUCACACACACACACACACACACACGCACACACACACACACACACACACACACACACCUACAGAUGGACUUUGGAUGGAAAGACUGCUGUUGUUGGUUAAAGGACCCUCUCCACCCUCCACCUCCCGCGCCAAAAUGAACUUUUGAAAAUCCACUUGAUCCAUCCUUCCACCUCCUCCCCUCACACUCACACACACACACAUGCUCACACACUCUUCACCCCCCUCUAAUUUUGAACUGAACUCACAAACACAUCCACCUUGUUCUCCUCUUCACUCCCUUUGUCUUCCUCACUUUUAAUUUCUCUCAUCGAGUCCGAGGAGUCCAGUCAGACUUGAUGACGUUACCCAUUGUACGGACUUCUCCCCUCGCUUCAAGUCUGUACUUUAUUUGUUUUGUUAAUUUAGUUUCUUCUUCUUUUAUGGCUUUUAAAAAAAGAGUUGUGCACUGGAAAAGAGGGGCAUAUGGGAAACGAGGGAGGCAAGGACAGUUCGUGGACGGGGAUGAUGGAUUUUACGUUGCCUUUCUUUGUAGAAUUUAAAUUUGGGGUUUGUUUUUGUUGUCAGCACAUAAAUGCUCGAAUGAUUUGUUUGUACUUUUUUUUUUUUUUAUAUAAAUGUUGGUAUCACUUUGGUUGGCAUCACGCCUUCAUAUCCAGAAUGUCAACCCUGAACCGACGCAUUUCCCCCCCCUGCCCCCCCCCCCCAUCCACUCUGCUACACGUGUUCCCAAAGAGCAAACACACAAACGGUGUCUUUGGAGUAUGUAACAGUGUGCGUGUGUGUGUGUGUGUGUGUGUGUGAGUGUAUUAUAAAAGAUCACUGGAAGAAAAAAAAAAAAAGAAUCGACGACGAGGAAUGGUGAAUUAUUUU